AUGUGCCUGUACUGCUGGGAAACCGAGCCUUCCCAAGUCAGCCCUGAAGUAUCAAGACAGCCUCAUCCUUCAGUAGUGACAGAAAAGCAGCUUGCAGAUAAGCGUAUUCAUGAUAUGCAAAACCUAAAGAAAGAGAAGAGGAAAUUAAGUAAACGGUUUGCAAACCCUGCUCCUAUUCCAGACCGAGGACUUCUAGUAAGUAUAGAGGUUUCACUGAAAUUAAUUGAUCCUUAA